CCGGCAGCAGGCAGGGAAGCGCUUGCUGUCUCCUGGCAGACAUGGUCCACCACCAGGGUGCCAGUGUGGCCAGCCAGCCUGCAGGCCCGGCUCCUCGGCCACCUGCUUUUCGAUCCCAUUAGGCCAGACCCGGGUGGACAGGGGGAAGGGAACGGAGACAGAGGUUCUGGAUUCCAGCCACAGGAACGAAAAUUCUCGCUUUUCCCAGACGAACGGAAGAACCCUGAGCCGACUAAACCCUUCAUCUGCCCGUCCGCGCGCGGUCAGACUCUCCACUCGGUGACAGAAACUCAAGAUCGAGAGCCAGUGCUCUGGCGUCUGUCCCUUUGGCCCUCCCGCGCGCCUCCUUUCUGUCUCACCCGGGGUAGGAAACGGUCCUCGGGACAGGAUCGUGUUCCUUUCACCCUUUAUUCAGAUGCAGCCGUCAGGGCUCAUUUGGUUCCAGCCCAGCCUUUGUCCAGACAGGUGUUUGUGAACAGGGAUGUUUUCAAGCUGGUGUCCUAUACCCAGGAAAGUGUUAUACAGGUACUGCAUAGGUGCGCCAGCGGCGCGGCCCCGCCCCUAUGGCCCCGCCCACCACCAGCUCAGGUGCACAAGCCGGAAGUGCGUUCCCCUCCCAGGUGCCGGGUCGCAGGUGGCCCCGGCCCAAGAUGCAGUAGAAGCGGCGCGCCCUGGAAGCUCGGUCCCUGGCGUCACCAACCCAACUUCCAGCCCAUGGCGACCCCAGGCCUGGGGCUGCUCUGGGUACUUGGCCUGGCGCUGCUGCCCACCCGCUGGGGCCGAGCCUGGGGGGAAAACUCAACAUCAACACCGGCCUCUUUGACGCAGGAGCCCAAUGACUUCAGCUCCAAUGGGGGCCUGUCUCAGGAGGGCCUUACUGCUAUCAUUGUGGUCUUCUCCAUCCUUGGGGCUCUGGUCGUGGUGUCGGGGCUGGUGUUCAUGGUACAGAAACUUCGGGAGAAGCGGCAGACGGAGGGCACCUACCGGCCCAGCAAUGAGGAGCAGUUCUCCCACGCAGCCGAGGCCCGGGCCCCCCAGGACUCCAAGGAGACGGUUCGGGGCUGCCUGCCCAUCUAGGUCCCCUUUCCUUCCUCCAUCUCCCUUCCUUGCCGUGUGACCUUGGGGAAGGCAGCGCCCUCUCUGGGCAAUCAGAUUCAUCCAGUGCUUAAGGCUAGAAGGGAAGAAGGUGCUUAAAGACUUUGUCCCUGGAGGCAAGGGAGGGUGGGGCUGUUCACUUUUUACAUAUUUAUAUAACAUGGUAGUGAGAUAUAAUAAAGUUUUUUUUUUUGAGCUGG